GUAAAGACAUAUUAAUUCGCCAAAGCACAAGUUGAUUUAAGCAAGAAUAUGAUGAAACAAGUUUUGGUAGUUAGAAAGGCUAAAGUAGGAACAAGUACCCAUUAACAGACACAUGUAUGCUGCUACUACAAUUCAGAAGCUCGCUCUCAUGGCCUCUAAACCUAAGUCUUCUCGCCUCCAUAACUUAGCAGGAGCCAGGUGGGAAAGUGUAGCAAAGAAGCCUAGGAUGAUGACUACUGACGCUUCUAUAAGUGACGCUUUCAGCAAGUAUGCUGAAUAUCUCAACAACCUUAAUGAGAAGAGAGAAAAAGUGGUGAAAGCAAGCCGUGAUAUCACCAUGAACAGCAAAAAAGUUAUUUUUCAGGUGCACAGAAUUGGCAAACUUAACAAAGAUGAAGUACUAGAGAAGGCAGAGAAGGAUCUACAAGCUGUGAGGGAUCAGCAUGUCUCCCGGCUUGUGAAAGAAUUGAAUGGGACUGACUUUUGGAAGCUGAGACGUGCAUACUCGCCUGGGGUACAAGAAUAUGUGGAAGCUGCAACAUUCUGCAAAUUCUGCCAAACUGGAACUCUUCUGAAUCUUGACGAGAUUAAUGCUACUUUCUUACAUUUAUGUGAUUCUUCCAUUGAGCCUCUGCAGAUUAAUAUACUUGACUACCUUUUGGGGCUUGCAGACUUGACCGGAGAGUUAAUGAGGCUGGCGAUAAGCCGAAUAUCAGAUGGUGAACUUGACUUUGCUGACAAGAUAUGCAGAUUUGUACGUGAUUUACAUAGGGAGCUGACCAUAAUUGUCCCAAAUAUGGAUGAAAGCCAUGAUAUGAAAUUCAAAAUGGACACAAUGCUUCAAAGUGUGAUGAAAAUAGAAAAUGCUUGCUUCAGCGUACAUGUGAGAGGAUCAGAGUAUAUACCAAUGCUUGGAGUAAAUGACCCUAGCUACACGCUGAUGGGAGUCCCGGAUAUGGAGCUGUAAACUACCGUCAAACUCUCCAGUUUCCCGUUCUGCAAACUGUAUGUGUCUUGUUCACUCUGGAGUCUUUCUAUAAUACUCUGGAGAUCACUUGAUGUUGACUAUGCUUGGUAAUGGGAAGUGAAUUUGUGGUCGGUUUUGUCAAUACCUCGUGUCUGGAGAACAUCACAUUAUAUAACCCUAACAAUUUCAUUCACGUAUCCUGCUUUUUUGAGGUAAUUUUACGGGAAUGAGGUUAACAUAUGCCUGAUUUGGUUUGUCUGUUUACAUUUUAGUUAGGUGAAAUGUGAAACUAGAUGAAAUGAAUUGAAAGGCUGCCUAAUCAUUUUAGAAGUACUCCGGUAGUUGCUAAGGUAAUUUUUGAGCAACUUUUAAUAUGUAAGCUUUGCUGAAAGCUAAUAUAAGUUUAAGCUAUAGUAUGUUCAACUCUUUA